UCUUGCUUGAUCUUUCAGCCUGUUGCUCUUCUCUCAUCUUCCCUUGUGCGCGUACCUGCAAAUUUCCAUGUCUGAGUAGCUUCGCAGUUCCCCCAACUGUCCCUCUACAAGUGUACCGGUUCUUAUCCCUGACGAACUUCCUCCAGAGCCUUCCCGCGUAUUUCCUACCCCUCGAUUUAUUCCGAAUUCUACCUUUGCGCAGCUCAGCCCCAGUCCCGGUUUUUGGCUUACCUGCAUCCUCGGUCAUCUUGUCGCUUGUCGAUCGCACCUUUCCCACACUAUCAAUCAAUCCUCUACUCAAGUUUCACCAUUUCAUCGCCUCGCGCGCCUACCCCGGCUCGCAACCAUGUCCGACCAAUCCAACCACUAUGAAGAACCUGUCAACGGGCUCCGGCCGUUGUCCAACGCAGACUCGUUUUCCCUUCCCGCCACCGCGCGCGAGUUGUCCAACCAUUCAGAGCGGGUAGAGGCUGCUCGGGCCAAUGGUCUUCCUUUGGAAGAUGCUGACAUCGAUGACGAGGACGAGGAAGAGGGCGAAGAGGAGGUCGACGGGGAGUAUGUCUCGGUGGACCACGACGAUGUCGAAUACCCUUACUGGUUUCGCCGCCCGCCUGUGCACCAGCGCACCAAGUUGGACGAACUGCACCCCUUCGUGCAGGUUCUGACAGAGUCGAAUGUCGAGGACUGUGUUCAGGUCGAGGAGGCCUUCCCCCAACACGAGCGCUGUACGAGCGAGAAGUUCCGCUACCGUCUGAGCCGGUGUCCUGAGCUCUGUCUCGGUCUCUUCACUCUCCCCAUUCUUCGCGAGGGCGAACCCAAGCCCCGCCCCACUCUGGUCGGCCAUGUCAUUGCCACGAGAACUUCGAGCCCCGUGGUGACGGACAAGUCGAUGGCGAUGCCGGCCAACUGGCAGACGGAGCGCAUGACCGUGGAGAAUGGUGAGACUGUGGGCCAUGAUGAGUACGGUAGCACAAUCGCCAUCCACUCGCUCGCCGUGCUGCCCGAGCAUCAGGGCAAGACGGUCGGCAGCACCCUCAUGAAGUCUUAUAUUCAGCGCAUCAAGGAUGCGCAGAUUGCCGAUCGCCUUGCGAUUAUCGCGCACGGCCAUUUGAUCCCUUACUAUGAAUCGUUUGGCUUUGAGAACCGUGGGCCUAGCAAGUGUCAGUUUGGCGGUGGUGGCUGGGUGGACUUGGUGUUUGACUUCACCCAGGAUUUCGCCCGGGAGUGAAUACCCGUGCUCGGGCUGUUUCUUAUGAUGAUGAUCUAGUGGUGGACGGCCGUGCGACCUUCCCUUUUAUGAUUUCUUGACUCGACCUUUUCGUACCCAUUCCCUCGAUGACGGUUUGAUGCAUCUUUAUGGCUUGAUUAAACGGGAUUUCAGUCUUCCUGGUGGUUUCUGAUAAAAGCAAGGCGUUCUGUCGGGCUACGACGGGGGGUUCAGGGACGGGGAUGAUGACGACACGAUGGCCGGAUCGAAACACCAUGGGUGACCGUGGGUGGUUUUGUCAGGACACGCAUGUUCCAGUUGAUGUAUCAUAUUCCCGGAUAGUCAAUGUAAAUGAAGAC